UGGAAAAUUGACAGUCGCCGUACGUACGCUAUGCGAGUCCGACGUUUUCCCAUGCUGGGUAAUUACAUCGUCAGCGUCCGAGCGCAAGCUCUCUCAACUAGGUUUAAACAAAUAAAAUUUCACGUCGACUCAAGUGCACAUUGUCUGUGCCUUGAAAUGGACUGCUCUCGCAUACAACUUGUUCAAUACGGACGCGUGCAAAAAUAACAGCAACGGGGCUGUCAAGCAACGCGUGUGCCAGCGCCAUGGCCUUGGCGCAGAGCUUCACUGGAGUGAGCUUCUAUCUGCGCGGCCUUUCGAGACUCAAUGGUGCCUUGCACAGAGCUCAGCCGCAUGUUCAAUGGCAGCCUGUGAGAUGUGCUUCGUCGACAUCACGAUGGAAACAGCGUCAGGGGCGCGAUGCCUACGCCAAGGACGCCAAAGUUCAGGGCUUGAAGAGUCGCGCCGCCUUCAAGUUGCUUGAAAUGGACGAAAAACACAGGAUUUUCAAAAAGAACCAGACUGUGAUCGACUUGGGCUAUGCGCCAGGCAGCUGGUCCCAGGUUGCGUUGGAGCGCACGAAACCACAUGGCAAGGUCAUAGGCAUUGACCUGAUCCCUGCGCAAGCGCCUCGUGGUGUGAUCACAUUCCAAGGCGACUUCCUGUCACCAAUGGUGCAGAAGCUCGUCAAAACCUUGAUUACAGAAACAGAUCGACGCAAGCCAAAGGAGCAACCGCCCGCGAGCACCGACGACGAAACCAUCGGGGACGAAACCGCCAAGAUCGCAAUUGAGCGGCCAAGCUAUAUUGACCUGGAACGGCAUGCCAGCCUGGGCACCGGAGAUCUACCACAGGAAACAGGAUCAAGCAAAGGACGGCUUGUAGAUGUUGUCCUCAGUGAUAUGUCAGCACCCUGGGACCAAACCUCCGGGUUCAAUAUGAACACAAUGAGUAAUCCCUAUCAUAGGCUUAUGAACACGAGCGGCGUCGCUUUCAGAGAUCACGCGGGAAGCAUGGAUUUAUGUAACACCGCUCUUGAAUUUGCCAGUGACACUUUGAGACCGGGUGGCCACUUUGUCUGCAAAUUCUAUGCCGGAUCCGAAGAUAAGGCGCUCGAGCAAAGACUCAAAAAGCUCUUCAGCAGGGUCUACAGGGAGAAACCAGAGUCGUCAAGAAGCGAAAGCAAGGAGGCAUAUCUCAUUGGAAUCAAGCGCAAAGGGGAUGUAACAUUAGAGCAAAGGGUGUAAUUGUACAAAAAGGCCAGGGAAUAUUUCACGGAGCAUUAUAUGGAACAUCUUCAGUGAG